AUGACAUCCGGACAACCAGUCGAUCAAUCAAUCAAACAGCAAAUUGCAGAGCAGAAGCGAAUGUGGACCCAAAUAAUUGCAGAUCAAAACCAGAGGGUCGAAUAUUUUGUGAGGACGCUCGGAAACAAACAUGAGGCCAGUGUGAGAGUGAUAGAGCGAGAGAAAACACUGGGCACAUGCAUGGGUGCCGCACCGUGGCCUUUGGAGACCAUUUAUGCCACACGGAGUCCCAAUGGCAAAGUAUUUGUGGAUGGCAAACUUGUUGGUACGAUUCCUGAUCCGAUUCCAGGUUUCAUAAGCACGUCUUCCGGUGGGCGCGAUGCUACUCCAGGUUCUGGCAGCUAUGGGGGCGGUUCUUACGACUACACGCCAGGCAUACAAAGCGGCCAGCUGUCAAACAUCGGGGCGAGCUACCUGAAGACAGGCAUGGGCGGAGAGUAUGGGGGCGCUGGUACCCCAGGAGGAUACAGCAAUUCCCAACGUGGCAGCAGCAACAAUCAAGGUGGCCGAGGAGGGCGACUCGUCCCCGACAAGGCCGUUGUGCCUGCAGCCACAAACAAAGUUACUGCCACGAAAGCUACGAAAAAGCCUGGUGCUAGCAAUGACCUCGCUGCUGGGCUCGCAAACUUGAAGCUUGCGCCGUCUCACUCGCCUGGCAGCGCCAAGGCAAAACCUCUGUCUCCAGUGGCCAACGGUGCUUCAGGCUCAGCUGCUCUCGCGAAGAAGAUUCCGCCCGAAGCCAGCAAGGGCGCAGCGUCUGGGAGCGCAAAGGUUAGUGCUGCAGGCAGCAGCGCCUCCUCUUCGAAGAAAAUCCGUCCUUGA